UGGAGGAGCAGAAGGAGGUGCCCUCUCCAGUCAACCCUGAGCUGCGACACAAGGAAGUGCGGAUGAACUUCUUCAAUCAACUGACCUCUGUGUUCAACCCUGACCUCACCAUGCUGGCCUCCCCCUCAGGACACACACAGGUAGAAAACCUCCCUGAAACAUUUCCCCGCCUUUUGAGUUAAAGCCAAUCAUGGCCACCCUGUUAGCCGAAAACAGCUUUUUCUACGGGUUUCUUGAUAUUAGCAUUAUGCUGCACGUUUAUAACCAUUAUUUGUCAAAAUGGUGCUCACAGUCUAAGAUUGGUGUUUGUAGGCUGAUGGUCACAUGGUCUGAUAUUUCAGGCGGAGAGUGAGCGGGACGACCAGACGACGGCGACAGACCAGACCUUCCAGGCCAAAAUGAAGAAUGCCUUCGUGUCCCAGAACGUGUCCAGUCUCCAGGAGCUGGGCGGGUCAGAGAAGUUGCUGCGUGUCUGCCUCAACCUCCCUUACUUCCUGCGCUAUAUCAACCGGUUCCAGGACGCCGUCUCAGCCAACUCCUUCUUCAUCAUGCCCGCCACCGUCGGCGACGCAACCGCAGUCCGCAACGGGUGGGUUUGUGUGUCUGUGACAGAUUUCUCCCAAGAUUGUGUUGUUGUCACGUCAGAGUUAGGUUCCUAGCACUGGAGUCCUGGACUGGAGUACAACCACAACUGCUCAAGGAUUUUGCCUCUGUAGCAGCAUACUAUUGGAUGAGUGAUUGUAGUCAAUUAUCUCUUCUGGUCGCAGUUGCACCGAAUUUGUUGAUGUAAUCACGCUCUUGAGUUGGUGCCUGCGUUGGUCAUAUAGCUACUGAGGGGAAUAUUGUGACGUGCACAGUCUCACACUCAGUCUUUUGCCCUGUCAUGCUAUGUUCUUCAUGCAUCAUCACUAUUUUAGGCCUAACUCCGUUUUUAAUUCUCUUCCCGUCAGGUUCCACUCCCUGGUGAUAGAUGUGACCAUGGCCCUGGACACCCUGUCCCUGCCCGUCCUGGAGCCACUGACCCCUGGGAGACUGCUGGAUAUGACUGUCCUGGCCCUCAGCUGUCUCUACGCCGGUACGUGAUGGGUUCAGUUGUGGGUUCCGUUCCCAGUUUGGCCACGUAUAGUAGUGUACUGUCCCCUUUAAUGGCAGAGUCAAAAGUCGACUUUUCAAGCGGUUAAACAAUGUACUUCUGACUGAGCUUACCCUAUGAUUUUGUACAAUUAUUCUAGUCUGUAAAUCAUUGAUUUUAGUGGAAAUAUGUUUUAUUUUUGGUUUCAAGUUUCCCUGUUGCCUCUAAUCUUGGGGUUAACUAUAGGUUAACUCCUCCUCCUCUCCUCCAGGUGUGAGCGUUGCCACGUGCAUGGCCGUCCUGCAGGUUGGCAGCGGUCUGCAGCUCCGCACAGCCUCCACCGGCACCAAAGAGGAGGACUAUGAAAAUGACGCUGCUACCAUCGUACAGAAAUGUGUAAGUAACACCGAUAUUGUACCUAGUCGUUAGGGUGCACCAGUUGUGGAUGUAGUAAUACUCUGUAUUGUACUGAUAUGACGCUCUAGUGCUUGUAUCGAUUUUAUCAGGAAAAAAUUUAUUUAUUAAUAUAGAGAGGAAAAAGUUCUCAGUAAUCUGAUCAGUUAGCGAAAAAUGACAUCAGUUCACCCCUUCCAGCUAAUCUUUUUUGAAUCAGAAAAACAAAAAAAUUUUCUAUUAAAAGGUUUCUUUUUGGGUGCUUUUUGGGUUUUCAAAAAUUUUAUUGCGCCCCCCCCCGCCCCCAAAAAGAAAAAGAGAAAAGAAGGGGGGUUUUGAAGGGGAGAGAGGAGAAAAGAGAGAGAGGGGGGAGGGGGAGGAGGGGAGAGGGAGAGGGAGAGAGGAAGAAGAGGAGAGAGAGAGGGAGGGGGAAAAGAGAGGAGAGAGGAAGAAGGGGAGGGGAGAGAGGAAAGAGAGAGAGAGAGAGGAAAAGGAGGAGAGGGGGAAGAGGGCGGGGGAGAGGGGAAGAGAAAAGAGAGCGAGGGAAGAGAGGAGAAAAGGGGAGGGGAAAGGGGGGAGAUUUGAGGGUAAAAGCGAGAGAAGGUUAAAGAGCCGAGAGAGAGAGAAAAGAGAGCCCCCGAAAAAAUCAGAUUCCCCCUGUUCUUCCCCUUGGAAAAUUUUUCUUCCCCUACGUUUGGAAAAUGGGUCUCCCCUCCCCCCUCUUUCUUUUCUCUCUCUCUCUCUUUUUUCUCGGGUUUUUGUCUCUGUUUUGUUUGUUGUUUUCAGCUGGAAAUCUAGGGAAUUUACGGCCCAAAAAAAUCAGCAGCUCCCCCAGAAACUGGGGGGAGAGGUGACUAGUGGAUCAACCCUGUCCUCAUCUGUGUAGCUAGAUACUGUACCUGCAGUCUGAUGGGUGUAGUCCUAACUAGGGUUUCACCAAUGUGCCAUCCCGAGAAUAAAUCACUUAUCUCCCGGGUAACCCAGUGUUUCAUGGCAAAACCGGAAGUGUCAUUCUAAAGCAUAUAAAUUCGCUACAUGAACAAAAGUAUGUGGACACUCCUUCAAAUUAGUGGAUUCGGCUAUUUCAGCCACACCCCGUUGCUGACAGGUGUAUAAAAUCGAGCACACAGCCAUGCAAUCUCCAUAGACAAACAUCGGCAGUAGAAUGGCUCAGUGUCUUUCAACGGGGCACUGUCAUAGGAUGCCACCUUUCCAACACGUCAGUUCAUCAAAUUCCUGCCCUGCUAGAGCUGCCCCGGUCAACUGUAAGUGCUGUUAUUGUGAAGUGGAAACGUCUAAGAGCAACACCGGCUCAGCCGCGAAGUGGUAGGCCACACAAGCUCACAGAACGGGACCGCCGAGUGCUGAAGCGCGUAGCGCGUAAAAAGAGUCUGUUGCAACACUACAAACUGCCUCUGGAAGCAACGUCAGCACAAGAACUGUUCAUCGGGAGCUUCAUGAAAUGGGUUUCCAUGGCCGAGCAGCCGCACACAAGCCUAAGAUCACCAUGCACAAUGCCAAGCGUCAGCUGGAGUGGUGUAACGUUCGUCGCCAUUGGACUCUGGAGUGAUGAAUCACGCUUCACUAUCUGGCAGUCCGACAGAUGACUCUGGGUUUGGCCGAUGCCAGGAGAACGCUACCUGCCCCAAUGCAUAGUACCAACUGUAAAGUUUGGUGGAGGAGGAAUAAUGGUCUGGGGCUGUUUUUCAUGGUUCGGGCUAGGCCCCUUAGUUCCAGUGAAGGGAAAUCUUAACGCUACAGCAUACAAUGACAUUCUAGACGAUUCUGUGCUUCCAACUUUGUGGCAACAGUUUGGUUGAAGGCCCUUUCCUGUUUCAGCAUGACAAUGCCCCCGUGCACAAAGCAAGGUCCAUACAGAAAUGGUUUGUUGAGAUGGGUGUGGAAGAACUUGACUGGCCUGCACAGAGCCCUGACCUCAACCCCAUCGAACACCUUUGGGAUGAAUUGGAAGGCCGACUGCGAGCCAGGGCCAAUCGCCCAACAUCAGUGCCCGACCUCACUAAUGCUCUUGUGGCUGAAUGGAAGCAAGUCCCCGCAGCAGUGUUGCAACAUCUAGUGGAAAGCCUUCCCAGAAGAGUGGAGGCUGUUAUAGCAGCAAAGGGGGGACCAACUCCAUAUUAAUGCCCAUGAUUUUGGAAUGAGAUGUUCAACGAGCAGGUGUCCACAUACUUUUGGUCAUGUACUGUAUGUGGUUGUUUAGGGUAGUUAUGAUAUGUGGUUGUUUAGGGUAGUUAUGAUAUGUGGUUGUUUAGGGUAGUUAUGAUAUGUGGUUGUUUAGGGUAGUUAUGAUAUGUGGUUGUUUAGGGUAGUUAUGAUAUGUGGUUGUUUAGGGUAGUUAUGAUAUGUGGUUGUUUAGGGUAGUUAUGAUAUGUGGUUGUUUAGGGUAGUUAUGAUAUGUGGUUGUUUAGGGUACUUAUGAUAUGUGGUUGUUUAGGGUAGUUAUGAUAUGUGGUUGUUUUUAGAGUAGUUAAAUGCACUGAUUGUAAGUCUCUGAAGAGGAGCGUCUGCAAAAUCCUUAAAACAUAGUUGUGAAAUGUGUCAUCCAGCAAUACCAGAACUUCCAGCUGCUGGGAGCGUGGUGUCUGCUGAACAGCUUGUACCUGAUCGUCAACCUGACUCCCACAGCCCUGGCUGACAAGGGCAAGGAGAAGGACCCUCUGGCCGCCCUCAGGGUCCGAGACAUCGGCACCCGCGCCAAGGACGGAGCCGGGUCCCCUAAACUGGGCCCUGCCAAAGGGUGGGUAGCUACCCGCCGAAUAAAUUUUCACCGUUAUUAUGCUGUUUGUUUGUAGGCUUGUAGUUUGUGAAUCUGGGGGGGGAGGGGGGCAGGGCAGGGGCAGGCUUUCGCAGAGGGGUUAAGACAAUCUUCCUGAUUCCUUUAGUUCAGAUUUGAAUACUUCCUCCCCCAUAAUCAAAUCAACAUUUGGUUCUGGUUUUCUGAGGUUAAUAUUUAUCCAAAAGAGAAACAAACUUCAUUAAUUUCUCUAUUCUCUCCUCUCAGACACCAAGGCUUUGGUGUCCUGUCGGUGAUCCUGGCUAACCACGCCAUCAAGCUGCUCACCUCCCUGUUCCAAGACCUGCAAGUGGAGGCUCUGCACCGGGUCAGUGCAGUAAGUAACAAACCCAGCCACCCGCCUCAGUCCUCACACUGCUUUAGGGCCACCCGCCUCAGUCCUCACACUGCUUUAGGGGCACCCGCCUCAGUCCUCACACUGCUUUAGGGGCACCCGCCUCAGUCCUCACACUGCUUUAGGGGCACACGCCUCAGUCCUCACACUGCUUUAGGGGCACACGCCUCAGUCCUCACACUGCUUUAGGGGCACACGCCUCAGUCCUCACACUGCUUUAGGGGCACACGCCUCAGUCCUCACACUGCUUUAGGGGCACACGCCUCAGUCCUCACACUGCUUUAGGGGCACACGCCUCAGUCCUCACACUGCUUUAGGGGCACACGCCUCAGUCCUCACACUGCUUUAGGGGCACCCGCCUCAGUCCUCACACUGCUUUAGGGGCACCCGCCUCAGUCCUCACACUGCUUUAGGGGCACACGCCUCAGUCCUCACACUGCUUUAGGGGCAACGGCCUCAGUCCUCACACUGCUUUAGGGGCACACGGCCUCAGUCCUCACACUGCUUUAGGGGCACGGGCCUCAGUCCUCACACUGCUUUAGGGGCACACGCCUCAGUCCUCACACUGCUUUAGGGGCACACGCCUCAGUCCUCACACUGCUUUAGGGGCACACGCCUCAGUCCUCACACUGCUUUAGGGGCACACGCCUCAGUCCUCACACUGCUUUAGGGGCACACGCCUCAGUCCUCACACUGCUUUAGGGCACACCGCCUCAGUCCUCACACUGCUUUAGGGGCACACGCCUCAGUCCUCACACUGCUUUAGGGGCACACGCCUCAGUCCUCACACUGCUUUAGGGGCACACGCCUCAGUCCUCACACUGCUUUAGGGGCACACAAGUGUAAAUCUCUAGUACUUUCUAUUGAAAACACAUCACACUUUUUAGACAAGCUCUUUCUUAUGCAUAUGAUAGAUUCAUCAAUUAAAUCCAGUUUUCAUAUUGUGCUAAGUUUAUUCCUGUGUGAAAGACCCAGUGAAGCUCCAGUCUCUCUCUCUCCCCCCAGGGUUGGGCCAGUGACGGGCCCCCAGCAGAGCUCAACAUCAUGGCCCAGAGCACCUCCACCCAGAGGGUUCAGAGACUCCUAGACUCUGUUCCCCUUACCAACCUGCUGUUCAACCUGCUCUCCACCUCAUACAAGAAGGUACUUACCAAAACUGUUUUUAAAUGAUAUAUACGUUUAUUAUAUUUUAUUGAUCAGAUCAGAGAAAAUAGAGAGGGGUCAAAGGGCAGUCGUCCAUAUUCAAUAACAUAGACUGCAGCAUUAUUGCCAGACCAACUGUUUUUACUACUGUAUGGUCUCAGUUGGUCAAAAAAACUUGUAGUAGGCCUGUAUUGACUGUUGUUACCCCCCCCCCCCACCCUCUUCCUCCCAGUCCUGUGUCCUGCAGCGCCAGAGGAAAGGCUCUGUCAGCAGUGACGCC